AUGAAUUAACGAUCACUAUAAUAAAAUUUCUAAAGGCUCAACAUUCCUGUAAAAUGUUUGCCAGAAAAAAUAUUAUAGUCAAAAAAUAUCUCUACAGCUUCAGAAGGAUAUAAUGGGUUCUCAAAUUUUAAGAAGUUAAUUUUUGAAUAUUGUAAAAAGUCAGAAUUCGAAAGAUGCCAAAUAUUAAUUUAAGAUUACCUUAAAUGUCACCUCAAUUCUAAACAAAAAUGUUAGUAAAAUAAUGAUUCAUAAUAAAGAUAAAAUUAAUUUGAAUUAUGAGGAGAUGAUUUUUUGGCUACGUUAGCAUUUUGUGAUAAGCGAGGAUCAAGCUAUAUAUUUAUAGAAAAUAUACUAAACAUAAAUUGUUGACCAUUAAACAUUGAUAAAUGUCCUAUAUUUACUUCAUGAAUUUUUAGAUCAAGAUAAUUACAGAGAUUUAAAUGUAAUACUUUUCAAUAUUUUAGCUGAACAUAAUCGCAGAUAUUAAAUAAAUGCUCAAAUGA